CUUUUUUCAAGAAACAUAAAGUCUGAAUUUGUCUAAAAAUAAUAAUUAUUCAAUUAUAAUUGAAUGUCUAUAAUAAUUGGCUGCAAGAAACAUCGAUGUUUGCCGUAAUAAAUCGAUGUUUUAAGCAAUUUUAGAAACAUCGAUGCAUCGAUUGUGCCAUCGAUGUUUAUUGUUCGGACAAAGAGUGUAAAAAGAAAACAGAUGAAUUUAAAUGUGCAAUAAAUAACAAUAGCAAUCUACACAAUAAAAUCAAAAUAUAGCUUGCAAGUGAUUCACGUCCAGCUGUCGCUGUCAUUGUGAGCAGGUGAAAAGCUUCCAAAAUGAUGGAUAUUACGGUAUUCGAUACUGGAAUCCAGAACAAUUCCUAUUGCUUGGUUACGGGCAAUCGAACGACAAUCUUCACGAGCGCCUACAAUGGUAUACCCGAGACCUUGAUACUUAACACAAUUUUCUGGGUACUGCUGUUGCUUUUGUUUACCACUCUGCGGCAUCGAGCGAGCGAUUAUCGCUUGGCCUUGGUCAACAGCAAUGGCAACAAGAAGCGUUGGACGGAAAUAUUUUAUUCGCGUGCAGCGAGCGUUGUGGAACCACAACCGGGCACAUCUUCACAAAAUCCCACACCACGACCCAGUGUAGACUCGCAUCACUCGCCUGGAGCGGAAUCAACCCCGUUGUCACCCAUUGACACCGAUCCGGGUCUGUUUAGUUGGAUACGCGUCACGUUUAAGCUGCGCAAAGAAACAAUUCUUCUGCAUUCUGGUCCCGAUGCGGUGCACUAUUUGUCUUUCCAACAGCAUUUGAUGGCUGUGAUGGCAAUAGUCACCAUCAUCUCAUUGGCCAUCAUUUUGCCCAUUAAUUUUCUUAAUGGACCCUCGAAUGACUUUUACGAUGUUAACGCCUUUGGACGUACCACAAUGGCCAACCUGGAACCGCAGUCGCCGUGGCUUUGGGUACACACGAUCAUCACCAUAUUGUAUAUACCGUUAGUGGUGCUCAUAAUGCGGCGUUCCUCGGGACGUAAUGCGUUCAAGAAGGCCGCCACGCGCACUAUUAUGAUAUCCAAUAUCUCCAACAGUGAUCGCAACAAGACCGUGAUACGGAAUUAUAUGCAGGAAUUGUUUCCGGAUGUGACCAUCGAAACAGUCAGCAUAGCCUACAAUAUUUCGCGUCUGUUUGUGCGCAACGCGGAGUAUGAGCGCGCUCACGAGGCGAGAAUCUAUUGUGAACAACAUCGGGAUCGGGACUCACUGAUGGCCAAGCCAGAGAUGUGUUCGUGCAAGAAAGAGAAUGCCUAUGAAUAUUACCAGCGUGAGGAGCGUAAAUUAUCUGGGGAUGUGGCACGUUUGCGUGCCUCGACCAUGAACGAACCACUGGACAUUGCCUUCCUUACCGUCUCCACCGUCCAGGAAGCCCAAAAUAUUGUCACCCACUUUACACCCGGCACGUACAGGCAAUGGAACAUUAUGUUUGCCCCAUCACCAGAUGACAUCUUCUGGGAAAACUUGAAUGUAAAUAAGAGUCAUUGGUAUCUGAAAUUCGUGUGCGUCAAUGUGGUGCUCUUCAUUGUGCUCUUUUUCUUGACCACACCGGCGAUGGUUGUCAAUUUGCUAAACAGUCGCCCUUGGCUGAAGGACACGGAAACGAAAAUCUCGCCAUUGGUAUCAGAAUUCUUGCCCACAUUGAUGCUGUGGACAUUGUCCGCUUUGAUGCCCGUUAUAGUCUCCAUAUCGGACAAAUGGAUGGGGCACUACACGCGCUCCAAGCAAAACUAUUCCAUCAUGACAAAAUGCUUUAGCUACUUGCUACUGAUGAUUUUAAUUUUGCCAUCACUUGGAUUGACCUCGGCACAGGCGCUGCUCGAGUGGGGAUUGACAAACGAAACUGGACGCUGGCAAUGCAUUUUCCUGCCGGAUCGCGGCUCUUUCUAUGUUAAUUACAUCAUAACAGCUGCAUUUAUUGGUACCUCAUUGGAGCUGCUGCGUUUCCCCGAGCUGAUUGUCUACAUUUGGGCAUUGCUGAAAGCCAAUUCAAAGGCUGAAACACCGUACAUUCGAAAGUCUAUCUUGAUCGAGUUUCCCUUUGGCAUACACUAUGCCUGGACAACACUUGUGUUUACCAUAUCGAUUGUGUACAGUGUAUUUUGUCCGCUGAUCAUGCCGUUUGCCAUGAUUUACAUUUGCCUGAAGCACAUGGUGGAUCGCCAUAAUUUGUACUUUGCCUAUGGACCUUCGAAUAUGAUAUCACGCAAGGGAGGCAAAAUUCACUCGACUGCUGUCACAAUGACCAAGUUUUCGGUGCUCAUAUUAGUACUGAUUAUGGCGAUGAUAUGUUAUUUUCGUGGCGAUGGCGAUGGCAUGGCACGAUUCUUAUUACUAAUCAUCACUUUGGCCAUUACGGUGACGUUGUUCAUCUUCAUGUCGCCUAUCAAACGCUGUGCGGCGACUCGACGACCAAGUAUUGUGGAAAUCGCUGGCCCAGCACCUGCCUACAUUCCGGACGUACUCAAAGUGCGUACGGAAACCAACAACACUCGACCCUCGGUGGCCGGAUUCGGUAAUUAUGGUGCGGAUAAUGUAUCCGAUUACGACAGCUCCCAAUACAGCGUCAACAGUGUGGAGGCGUAAGGCGCCAUUCGGCUAAAUUGAACUCUCUAUAAGCAAUCAAAGAGUUGAACAAUUAACAUUUAUAUACUAUUUUUGUAUAAGACUUUUUUGUGUAGAAGCCGCUGAGAACUUUCCAAGUGUUAAAAUGUUUGCAAUAUGUGCUUUGUUUGCAAAUGGGAAAAUUGUGAUACCAAUAUUAGUCUCGAUUUUUGCGUCUGAGUUCAGUUUAAAUGUGAGACACGCGCUGCGCCUUUUUAAUUUGUAAUACCUUUUUGUAUAUACUAUAUCGAUAUGUAUUUGUCCCUGAUUUACCUCCUAUUAAUGAAACUUAUGUGUAAUAUUAAUUGUAAAUAUUAAUUCUUUUACCACAUAUUCUUUAUAUAAGCGUAUAACUAACUGUCGUCACACUCCAGCUUGCAACUAAAUUUAAUGAGUAUUAGUUAAAAAACAAA